CUGCGUAGUUUGACGGACCGUGAACGCAGCAGCAGUCACACCGAGCUCCGAGCUCCGUCCGCCGGCUCUCCUCCUCUCACCGAGCCGCCGAACGGCGACCGUCUGUGGGAUUAACCAGCCGACUCGAGCCGCUCUGCGGAGGAAAGAAGCUCGUCUGUUGGCGCUGAUGUAAAGCAGCCCUGAGGUCAAAGCCUGCAGACGUCCAUCGUCCUCCCUUCAUCUGAACUCAGGAGCCAUUAAACAAACAGGUACAUAUGGGUCAGGGUGAGGUUUCAGCUCGAGGCUCAGCCAUGGAGGGGGACUGCCUCAGCUGUAUGAAGUACCUCAUGUUCAUCUUCAACUUCUUCAUCUUCCUCGGCGGCUCCUUCCUGCUGGGCGUCGGCGUCUGGGUGCUGUUGGACCCGAUGGGCUUCAGGGAGAUCGUGGCGGCCAACCCUCUUCUGUUCACGGGGGUGUACGUGAUCCUGGCCAUGGGCGGCAUGCUGUUCCUGCUCGGCUUCCUGGGCUGCUGCGGAGCCAUCAGGGAGAACAAAUGUCUGCUGCUCUUUUUCUUCAUGCUCAUCCUCUUCAUCUUCCUGGCUGAACUCGCUGCUGCCAUCCUGGCUUUCCUCUUCAGAGAACACCUGACCAGAGAUUAUUUCAGCCGCGAGCUGAAGCGUCACUACCAGGGUCGCAACAACAGCGACGUCUUCACGUCCACGUGGAACGCCAUCAUGACCACGUUCGACUGCUGUGGCGUGAGCGGCCCCGAGGACUUCGAGGAGAGCCUCUUCAGACUCCUCAGCCCCAACAAGCUGGUGCCCGAGGCCUGUUGCCAGAGGAACGGUUACCUGGGAGACGUCAGCGUGGAGCAGUGUGUGAGCGGCGGCGGCGUGGCCUUCAGGCACAACAAGGGCUGUUACUCGGCGAUGGUCGACUACUUCGAGACGUACAUCUACACGGCGGGCGCUUUAGCCAUCGUGGUGCUGACCAUCGAACUCUUCGCCAUGGUGUUCGCCAUGUGUUUAUUUAAAGGCAUCCAGUAAUGGCGGGGUCCACCAACGCCGCCGCCGCCUUCUUCACCACCAGCCGUCAGAGAAAAGGCACAAAGCAGAGGAGGAGGAGCUGAACUGUAAAAUAUGAAGUGUAUUUGUACAGUGAUCGUCUUCGUGUCUCGUCGGUUUUGUGACAUCGUUUUGUACUUCACAGCAGCAGGAAGUCUGCGGUACGUUAGACACACGCCGGGUGGCGCUCUGCACCGCUGCACGCCACGCGAUCCAUCGUCCGGUUAGGACCUCCGUCUGAGACGUUCAGGGACAAUCAGCACGUUAUGUUGUCGCCAAAACUUGAAGCAGUUUGAGUGAAAUCAGAAACACGUCGGGGCCCAUGCAACGACGUGUUUAUACUCUGAUUACAAACCUCGAGUUUCACUUCUUACUGUGACGCCUGCUGUCAGUUCCAUGAAUCAUGUGACGCUCCACUGUGGUAACUAUGUUCAGCUGUACUCGAGUAUUUAUCCGGAUUACAUUACUUACAACCAGGUCCCCAGCAGCAGCUGAUAUCACGGCCUAGUCCAGC